UUUACACUGUCGAUAAUAGUCGCAUGUGUUGUGUUUAGUGCGGAGGUGUCUUUCUGUACUUCUUCUUUAUUGCAAAAAUCUUUUAUGAAAAACCAUCGGCUUUUAUAAAAGAAGAACAUAUUUAUGUGAAGAACAAUAAGAAAACGAUGGUAUCGAUAAUGCAGCCAUUUAUGGAUGUUGAAAGCUCAAGAAGUUAUAUCGAUGAACUUUACUCUGUAGAUCCACAAAAAUGUCUUGAUGCUCUUGUGUGUUUAAAAAAUUCUGUGAUUGGAAGUAAUAGACAGAAGGGUUCUGUCAUUGCUCAAGGAGUUGUUCCUCGACUUUUGCAAUUAUUGGGAGAUAUUUCGGGAGCAAUAACAGAUCGAAUUCGUUUGGAGGCUGCUGUUACACUGGGCUCACUUGCAAAAGGGACAGAUCAACAUGUUGUUGCGCUUAUUGAUCUUGGAGUUGUUCCUUUAAUUUUACAAGUACUGAUGACAACGCCACUUGUUGAUCCGGUAACUGAUGGAAAAACAAGAAUCAAUGAUUUAUUAAUUGAAGCCUGUUUACGAUGUUUACGUACUGUUUUUCAACAUUCCUCAGCGCCAGUUCACACUAUUUAUCAAAAUCCAUCAUUGGUACCACGUUUACUUUCACUUGCCAGUCGUUCGGUUACGUCGCAAAUUUGCAUCGCGACUAUAUUAACCACCGCUUGCAAGGUAAUUAAAACGGCGGAGGAACAGAAUGCACUGUCAAAAGGUGGUGCAGUUGAGACAUUGGCUGUUCAAUUGGAUUCAUCAUUGCCGGAGGUACAAUUACCGGCUUUGGCGUGUUUAGCGAAUAUGUGCUAUCAAAAUCACACGGUGUCGGCAAUGGUCGCGGCCGCUUCGACAAAUAAUACGCCACAGGGUCGUUUAGUUCCUGCGGUUUUAGGACAAUUGAUGGGUAGGGAGAAGAGUUCUUUGGUUCAGCUUGAGGCUGCACGAUGUGUUGCCUAUAUGCAUAGAGCUGGCGCAUUGUCGGCCACUGAUCCACGUGUUGUUUAUCGAACUUUGCCGUGUCUUGUGAGAUUGUGUCAUCGCGAUCGCCCACCGCGUGAAAGAGUUGCGGCCGCUGAAACACUGGCAUAUCUCACUGAAGUUGACACCGAUUUGCAACGUCUCGCUUCCAUUAGUAAUCAUCUUAUUCCAACUUUGGCGGAAUUUUUGAGGCCGCAUCCGCAGGUUCAAGAUACGUCCUUGUCUCAAGACAUGCGACAAGCGGCGUUCAGGGCUUUUGCGUCAUUGGGUGCGAACGAUGAAGAUAUUCGUAAACGUAUUAUCGAAACACAGAGUCUCAUGGAGCAUGUUGUCUCCGGACUUCAAGAUCCCGGCGGUCCUCGUGUUCGCCUAGCAGCCGUCAGGUGUUUACACUCUCUAUCGCGAAGUGUUCAACAAUUGCGAACAACGUUUCAGGACCACGCCGUUUGGAAACCCUUGAUGCAAUUAUUACACGGUGCCGAUAAAGGACUAGAAGGAAGAGGAGAAGGCGAGGAGGAUUUAUUGACAGUUGCAUCGAGUACGUUGUGCAAUCUUCUAUUGGAAUUUAGUCCAAGUAAGGAACCAAUUUUAGAAUCGGGUGGAGUUGAACUUCUUUGCUCGUUGACGAAACGUCCAGAUCCGGCACUACGUCUUAAUGGAAUAUGGGCAUUGAUGAAUGUCGCAUUUCAAGCCGAGCAACGAGUGAAAUCGCAAAUACUCUCGUGUUUGGGGACUGAUCAAAUAUUUCGUCUACUCGCUGAUCCGGAACUUGCGGUACUUAUGAAGACUCUUGGACUAUUGAGAAAUUUACUCUCGACGAAAGCGCACAUUGAUCGAAUAAUGGGUGAGCAUGCGACACACGUCAUGCAAGCUGUGAUUUUAGUACUUGAGGAUCCUGAACAUCCGGCUGAUGUCAAGGAACAGGCACUUUGUAUUUUGGCCAAUGUUGCCGAUGGUGAUCGUGCUAGAGAUCACAUUAUGGCCAAUGAGGAUGUACUCAAGAAACUCAUGGAUUACAUGAUGCAUAGCAAUGUGAAAUUACAAGUUGCCGCGAUAUUUUGUGUAUGUAAUUUAGUUUGGAAGGAGGAACCGGGUGCUGCUCAGAGGCAAGCACGUUUAAGAGAAUUAGGACUUUAUCGAAUUUUGCAACAAUUGCGUCAUACAAAGGAUUCUCAACUUUUUGACAAAGUGAAAACUGCCCUAGCACAGUUUUUUGAUCCGUGAACAAGAAGCGCUUGCCAAACUGCAUUAGGUUUUUUACAAUUUAACACUGUGAUCCCGUGAAUCCGUAUUUCCUUAAAAACGAGAGAACCCCCUUUAAAAAGAUUCGAAAAAUAAGGUAGAAAUUUUUUUUUUUUUAAUUGCAUGAGAUGCAACAGCGUAAAUCUAAAAUAUUUCAUUUUAGAGACUCGUGCAAUAUAUGAUUUAAUUUAACGACUUGCUUCUUGCUAAAAAAAAAAGAAAAGUACUUGAUUAAUUUUUGCGCUUUCUAAAUAAAAAAAAAAUAAUACACUUAACAUUUUAAAGAAGAUAACAGGCGUUAGAACAAAAAAAACUAUGUAUUGCACCGACUCUUUUUAUUUUUUUGAAUUUUAUCAUUAAUUUUACAUUCAUGACACAAAGCGUUAUAGAUUUAUUGUUCAAAAUAUGAAUUUUGAAUUAUUCGAGUUGAUUUUUUUUUCUUCAAACAUUUAUACUCAUUUGAAAUGUACAAAGUAAUUUCGUUGAUAUUUAAAAAUGCAAGAAUGUGAAAUUAUAAGAAGAACGGGUUGUAAUUCUUUUUUUUGAAUCGAUUUUACAGCUACGAAUCUUUGGUAUAAAGUAUUUAUUAAUAUUUAUCUUUGGUAUAAAUUCUUUUUUUUUAUAUAGUUGACGAAAUUGAUUGAAAGUUUACCUUAAUUCUUUUUUUUUGUAAGUACUUCUAGAAUUAUUAUUAUUAUUAUUAUUAUUAUACGAAAAUGGAAUGUUUCUGGCAAUACCAAAUAAAUAUAGGAAUGAAAUAUUUGAUUUUUCGAGAAGCACUUA